CGCAAAUUCCCCCAGCUCCAGCUCUGCAGCGGCUCAUCCGCGGCGCAAAACGUGCGAAUUGCCAAGCCUACCUGAGCAGCGCUCCGAGCGGCGCGCAGCGUGACGCGUGGCCUACCUUCGGGCCCAGCCAGAGACACCACACGAAGCACAGAGGUUCGGGACGCGCGACAGCGCCGGGGUCAACCUACGAAUACCCAACAGCGCCUCCAGCACCAUGGCCGCGCCGCCCUCCUACGAGGAACACCUCACGCGACGCUGGGCGCUCGAGGCCUGCGCCGACGACCCGGCGAUGCAGGCGGCCUUCCGCGCGGCCGGCGCGCGCGACGGCUGGGUCGCCGGGUUAUCGGUACGGGCCUACUGCGAAAGGGAAGGUCUCAUGCAGACCGCCACCUCCCAAAGGGGUGUCCCGAAGCAGGCCCUCGCGAGGGCCUGGGCUUUAGCGGAUGCGAAUAGGGACGCGCGCGGGCUGCGCUUCGAAGAAUUUUGCGUCUUCAUGCACCUGCUGGCCGUCGUUUCGGCCGGUGGUGAGCUGCCCCGGUCCCUACCGAGCGACCUGGCGCCGCCGCCCCCGAAGCCGCCGACGCCGACGGGCGACGAGGCCUUAGCGCGGUCCCUCCAGCGGUCUUUUGACGACGAACGACCGCCGACGCUCCAGCCCGUGACGCUGCCGGAACAGCGACCAACGCUCCAGGCCGUGACCCUGCCGGACGGUUCGUCCCUAGCACCGGCGCAGCUGCGGAGUCUGCUACUGAGCCAAGGUGGCGUCCUCGAGAUCGGCCGCGUCCUCUACGCGUGCGACGAGGCUCUCGAGAACGAGCGGUGGCGGGCCGGGGGCGCGGGCUUCAGUGCACAACACCUCCUCGAAAACGAAGGAGCGUGGAGCAGCGAGGACGGCUCGUUAGUCGGUCCGGACCGCGAUUCGAUCGCACCCCCUCGCGAUGCAACAGUGUGGUCCCUCGAGGCGCCGUGGCACGCCCACGUCGACGUGCGAAGUGGCGCGACGGACAGACGGGGCUGGGCUUAUUGUAGGAGCCUCCCCAAUGGCUCUGAAGAGACGUCAGAAGGUUCGUCGGGCACGCCCUUCGCCGGCGCCGUGGCGAGAAGAAGACGGUGGCUCCGCGUCUAUUCGCGGGAUCUGGCGCCGCCGCGCAUCACGGUGCAUGCGGUACCGGUCCCGUCGCCCGCCAAGCGGCCUACACCACCAUUUCUACUGCGGCUGCAGGACGGCUGGCGGAGCGGCUUGGACGAAGUGCAGCGGAGAUUAAGCAGAGAGAAGACGACGGCUCCAGAACCGCCGUCCGACGUUCCCUUCGCCGAGCGCUGGGCCAAGGCUACGCGGUGCAAGGCCUCGCUCGACGCCUUUGUCAGGAACUUCGGCAAGCACGAGACGGCCACGACGUCGGACGACGCGCGCGCGGCGCGCGUCAAGCGGUUCCUGGCCCACGCCGAACGCUUGUUACGAGCUCAGCCGGGCUGGGCGACGCAAGAUCCCGAAAUUUUUGAAGUGGAGACGCUGGAUAGGGUCGUCUCCAAACUAUUCCGUAAAUUAGAAGAAGCGGGCUUUCGCCUCAUCACGGAGUGCGACGCCGAUGAUUCAAUUUUUGAAAAGCGCGUCGACGCGCUGGCUUUUUUGACCUGUAUUGAAAUAGACGCGCCGGACGUCGAGGCGCUGGCGCCGUUCUCGGACGCGCUCAUAGCGUUAAAAGAAGUGCCUCUGGCGGAGACGCCGCUGCGAGCGGUCUCCAAGAUCCGCGAGGCCGUCGAUGCGUUGUUUGCUUGUCUGAGAUUGCUCAACGACGGCAAGGGCAAGCCGCCGUCGACGGACGACUUGUUACCUCUGGUCAUUCUGGCGACGUUACGAGCGAGACCCCAGAAGCUGCCGUCUUCCCUUAGAAGAAUAGAGUACUACGUCGGCGACCAUAGGAUGCGCGGCGAGGCCGGGUUUUUACUGACGCAGCUCUCGGCCGCGGCGGCGUUCCUGGCGUCGUGUGACGCGUCGCAGCUGAAGGGUGUGAAUGAGGAGGUUUUUGCGAAGGCGGUCGGCGUCGAGGCGACGCCAGAGCCGGCGGCCUCGCCGCCGCCGACGCCCGAGGACCCGCGCUGGCCUCGAGCGCCGGCGACGCCCGCCCGGACCGAGGAGGUCGCCUCGGACGUGGCCGAGCUGCGCCUCUCGGAGACGUCGGCGGCGCUGCGGACGGAGUUCAGCUUUGCGCCUGCCGCGGAGCCGACGGCCGAGCCUCCUUCGGCGCCUGCUGCGGCGCCCCCAGCGCCGGCGGACCAGCCACCCGAACCUCCGGCAUCUCCGAAGCGGAGCUACGAGGAGGUCAACGGCCCGAUGCCGACGGGCCCGGUCAUCGACGCAAACGGGCUGGCCCAGCAGGUCCGCGAGGAACCCGACGAGCCGCUCCGGGGCAGCCUCUUGGACCCCGAGAGUCUGCGGGAACUCGCCGAGGGGCUCGCGGCGCCCGACGAGGCGCCUCCCAGUGUUGUUAACAAUUAAA